AUGAACCGUUUGAACUCGCUGCUGGUGGUACUUUCAGUAGUGAUCGUUGGAAGCUGGGCACGUCACUAUGACUUUCGCGUACCGAUCAACGGAACUCGUGGUGCACCGCACUUUGCAACCCAGCCGAGCUGUGAAGUCGGCAAACGCCACCGGAACUACAGUCGCGGAUUGAAGCCACGGUGCCAUCCGUUUGAGAUGGGCAUCGGGAUCUACUACCAGAUGGACAUCAUGCUGAAGCCGGACGUUGUCGUGGUGCCUGAGGAGCCUGAGAUAAUAGAGUACAAUAAGUAUCGAUGGCCCGGUGGAAGGGUGCCCUACGUGAUCAAGGGAAACUUCUCUGCAGCCCACAAGACCAUCAUCGCUUUGGCAAUGGCUCAAUAUACCAAAAGCACGUGUGUUCGAUUCGUGCCAAGAACUAACGAGGUCACCUUUGUCACUAUUGACAACACUCCUACCGGAUGUUGGUCAUACGUGGGAAGAAGUUUGAACAACAAGUUUAACUUUGUGAAUCUGCAAGUUCCUGGCUGUGUCAGCACCGGAACGGUGGCCCACGAGUUGAUGCAUAUUCUCGGCUUCUACCACGAGUUCACCAGGAUGGAUAGGGACAACUUCAUUACCAUCGAUAUGGGAGCACUGGAUCCAGCGUAUCAAACAGCCUCGUUCUUCAACGGCAACUAUGGCAAGUUGACGUCAAAUUUAACUCCACUGUACGGCAUUCCGUACAGCUACGGUAGCGUGAUGCACUACUCCAAGUGGGCGGGGUCCACCAGCAGGAGCAGACCGGUGAUGAACAAUAUUAAACCAUGGACUGGAGACUUUGGCAACAAGAUCGGUCUGGCUGCUACCGAUGUGCAAGCCAUCAAUAUAAUACCGCGAACGGAUCAAGCGAUUCGCCAAGCUGGAUUGCUCGAAAAUUACCUCUUUCCAAACUCCGUCGAGCUGAUCCUGGAGUCAUUUUAUCUGGAUCACUGGGGCGUUCAGCUGUUCACCGAGCUCAACCGAACUCGGUACUUGUCCCUGCUGUACGGAAGCAUUCCAGCCGUCACGUUCGAAUCACCCAUUCUGGAGACCUUUUCGGUGGUGCAAACCAACACUUCCUCCUUCGAGGUCAGCCCCGUGCGGAAUUCCGUCCUAAAGACGCUGCAAAUCACCCGGAACAAACUGGCUACGAUCUCGCCCACCAUUCGCCAACUCUCCGGAUUGACCACGCUGGAUCUAUCCCAGAACGAGCUGGAGUACGUGGAUUUGGACCUGUUUGCCGGCAUGAAGAGCUUGAAGAACCUGGACCUGUCGGUCAACCAGAUCAGCUCCGUCGAUGCGUCGCCGGCACUUCAGCUGGGCAGGCUGAGGAACCUCUGGGUCAGCUACAACCGGCUGCAGCGGUUCGAGGUGUUCCCGGGGGCCUUCCCGGCGCUGGAUACGGUGCGACUGAUCGGGAAUCGCUGGAGCUGUGGAUGGGUAGAUGGCGCCCGGCGGGACAUUAUGGAUCGACGGAUUACGGCGUUCGGAGUGGAUUACGGUUGUAGCGAGAGUCGUCAGGGCGGGUUGUGUUGUUAUAAUACGGAGGUGACGACGACAGAGGGAGGUGAAUUGUUGAGGGAGGGACCGUUGCUGGAGGAGAUUCAAAAGUUGACCAGCGAGUUGGGAGUGAAGCCGCUGGAUACGAGUGGGGAUCAGUCGCUGGAGCUGUUGACGAGGAGCAGUGGCAAUGGCCAGGAGAAGAUCCUGGUAGGAGUGAAGCAUGAUCAGGUGAAGGUGUUUUUUUAAAGCGAUUAAAAAUAGAAUUUAUAUUGCAAUAGUUUUAGCAUAUUUAAUCAACAUGAGAGGAAAAUAAAUAACAAAUCGAUACACUCAUGUUAUUUUGAACAUUAAAAUCCUGUUGUAGGAUAAUAAAAAAGCA